AUGCCCUCAACACCUUGGAUCUUCAUCUGCCCCUCCAGCAGAGGCAUCGGCCAUGCCCUCACUCGCCACGUCCUGCGGCGCACGGCUCGCCUGUCCCCGUCCGUUCCGAUUCUUGCAACGACGCGGCACGUUGAUCCUGGGGCUGCCAAGGCGGCUCUUUUGAGGGAUCAACGCCAGAGAAACGAGCUCUCAAAGCGCCUCUUCGUCGUCCGCUGCGACGUCACCGACGAGUCCACCGUGGCGUCCGCCGCCGAGGAGGCGCGCCGCCUGUUCCCCGGCGACACGCACCACCUGCACCUGGCCUGCGUGCUGCCGGGCGUGCUGCUCAACCCGGAGAAGUCGCCGGCGCAGGUGGACGCGGACGCGGCGCUGCAGUCGUUCCGGGUGAAUGCCGUUGGUCAGAUGCUCGUGGCGAAGCACUUUUUCGGGUUUCUGCCCAGGAGGGCGACGGCGAUGCCGGCGGGAGGAAAGCCAAAAGAAGCAGCACUGCGUCUUCCUCAGCACGCAACAUGGCUCAGCAUGUCGGCGAGGGUCGGUUCUACGACGGACAACCGCUCCGGCGGCUGGUUCUCGUACCGCGCGAGCAAGGCCGCCGUCAACAGCAUCACGCGCAGCCUCGACGUCCAGCUCCGCGCCAGGGCCGGCGACAACGCCAUGGCCGUAGCCUACCACCCGGGCACGGUCAAGACGGACCUAAGCAGGGACUUUUGGGGCGGCGUGCCCGACGAGAGGCUCUUCAGCCCCGAGUAUGCCGCCGAGAGGCUCAUUGACGUGGUCUGCGGGCUUGGGGUGGAGGAUAGGGGGAGGUGCUGGGAUUGGAAAGGGACUGAGGUGCCUCCUUGA